GAUGUUGGUGGCACUGCUUUGAUUUUGCGCCCUAACCUCAAUUUUUGGUGUUUUUCUUUUAAUUGUCAUAUCCAGCGUGUUAAUAAACAAAAAAAAUGGCAAAAAGUUUAAGGAGCAAGUGGAGGAGGAAAUGCCGUGCCGUAAAACGAGAACGUUACGGUAAAAAGGAACUGGAGAGGCUAAAGAAAACUUUGGGCAUUGAUGACAAAGGUGAAGUGAAAGAUGUUCAAAUGGAAGAAGCAGAGCAAGUCAUAAACUUCACAACUGCCGAUGAAAUAAAGAAGAAACAAAAAGAAGAGACAGCUGACGAUGUGGUUACUGACGUUGAUAUGGAAGACAUCAAAAAGAAAUUUAAUGCAAGAUCUCUAAGAAAUGCAAAUGGAGCUUAUCCAGUUUGGGUGCACCCCAGGAAAAUUAAGAAAGCUAAGGCUAAGAAGGGAAAAGGCAAAGGAAAAGGUAAAAAGAAGAAUUAGAUAAACUUUCUUAGUUUUUAGUAUAGGUGGAAUUAUAUAAGAUAUAUAAUUUCAAAUGUGUAAUAUAAUAAAUUUGUUAUAUUUCAAUAAAUAUUGUUUUAUUUUUA